AUGUCUCCGACACUUCUACAGACGUCCGUGCCAGAAUCGGCCAAGGAUGCUCUCAUUUCCAAGCUGCGUCAACCGACAGGUGACCUUUCGGCGCAACAGGCGCGCACAGAUGCCUCGAGCUCGUCCACAGCAGCAUCAACGAGCAGCACAGAGCAUCAAGCCACAGCGGACGACAUCCACACCGUCUCAAUAGCCGAGAAUACCUUCACAGAACCGCGCAAACGGAUCGUCUCGCCAGCAUCGCUCACCAGAUUCGAGAACUCGCCGGCGUUUGCUGAGAUCCUCGCCUUCAUCCGUGUCUGCAAUACCAGCGUGGUGGGCAGGACGCUGACAGAAGAGAUCCACACCUCGCAAGCAUGUGAUGCCAUCCUCGUCAUCCUUGCUGAGGUGGCAGCACUGCGAAAAUCGACGCCACCGGACGCUUCUAUCGGCUCGUCCCGCUUCGGCAACCCCGCCUUUCGCACGUUUUACGCCAAGAUCCGCGACAACAGCGACCGUCUUCACCGCUUGAUUCCAGGUCUCGAGGAUGAUUCGGAGCCGUCCCGAACAGCCCGCGCUGAGCUUGGCGUCUACUUGCAGGAGAGCUGGGGCAAUGAAAAGAGGAUCGAUUACGGAAGUGGCAUGGAGCUCAACAUAGCCUGCUGGUUGCUCUGUUUGUGCAAACUGCGCAUUCUGCGUCUGCCCGAGGACGGCGCUGCGAUCGUUUUGCGCGUCUUCUGGACCUACAUCCAAGUGAUGCGCGACAUCCAGUCCUCCUAUUGGCUCGAGCCAGCCGGCAGUCAUGGCGUGUGGGGACUGGACGACUACCACUUCCUUCCCUUCCUCUGGGGAGCUGGCCAACUGAGCAGCCAUCGCCACCUGCGACCCAAGGCGAUUCACGACGCAGAGAUUGUCGACGAGUUCGCACCCAAGUACAUGUACUUGGCCUGCAUACAAUUCAUCAACUCGGUCAAGACAGCCUCCCUACGCUGGCAUUCGCCCAUGCUCGACGACAUCUCGGGCGCAAAGUCGUGGGCCAAGGUCAACGAGGGCAUGAUCAAGAUGUAUCGCGCAGAGGUGCUCAAGAAGCUCCCCAUCGCUCAGCACAUCUUUUUCGGAAGUUUGAUCCGCUUUCCGGAGCCCGCUGCUGGCGAGCUCGAGGACGAGGACGCAGAGGAGGACGCGCAUGGUCACAUCCACCCUGCCGGUCAACCACAUGCCCAUGGCAGCGGCGAGGGACAGGCCGCCGGGUGGGGCGACUGCUGUGGUAUCCCCAUCCCUAGUGUGUUUGCAGCGGCGGAAGAGGAGAAGAAGCGCCAACAAGGUGGGUUCAGCUCGACCAUGCUUGGCGAGAAGCCAUUUGGAGCAGGCGUUCGUCGCAUCCCAUUUGAUUGA